ACGAAAUCGGCCAAUAGGCGUUGGUGCCGACGUAGGGAAAAAAUAAUACGAAACUUGUCACACCAAUUAAUCAUUCCAGAAUUACGUCAUUUGACAGGUUGCUGAGGGGCAAACAUUGUGUUUUGUCAAGAUUUGUCAUAUAAAACCAGAAUUAGUGGGAUCGUUUUCCUUGGAAUCCGAGUUGGAACCAGAAAGAAUUUCAUAAUUUUGUUUGGUGAAACUGUUAUUAUAUUGUGGAUGUGGCAGGGACGGCCAGGGCAAUGCUCAUCGAAGGUAACUUAACAGAUAGUUUGUGUGCCCCUCAAGAAACCAUGUCAAAAUCACGUGUUCUAGAAUGAUCAAUAUGGUUGUCUCCAUCCUUAACUUUCCGUCCUUAUAGAUUCAAAAAUAGGCGAUGCGCCAUAUAUAGAAAUAGUAGAUAUAUAGUCUAAAAUGGUCUAAACCAUAGACAAACCUUUCUCUAUGGUCUAAACUCAGUGGUCUAAACAUAGAAUCAUCAACUUCAAACUUCAACCUGUGCUUCAACUCAAAAGCUCAAAAGCAAAACUCAAACUGCUCUUCAAAACAAACCUCAGGAAUUCAGCUUAUUUUCUGCAUCAUCAACCAAGGUCAACAAAUUUGUUUACGUAGGUAGAUAAAGUUGUUUACAAUAUUUCACGUUAACGUACGUUCAUGGAAUGAGCACUUUUGAUCCAAACCACCUUCGAUUAAGUUUCUGAUAAUUGUGAUAAGUCCUCUUGAAAAAUGUCUAGCCCAUCUGACUCCGAGCUGAAAGCUGGACAUCCACCAGCCGUAAAAGCUGGAGGUAUGAGGAUUACUCAGCAUAAAACAAGAAAAGAUUCUGGUGGAAUAUCCGAGGAUGUGACUGGUAUCACUGUGUCGGGAAGCCCACCUAAAACGACCACAAUAUCUGGUGCUAUUCCUAAGGGAAAUGCAGAUUUUCCAGCUGAGGCAGUUCAGAGUUUUCAUAAAGAUAAACCUCCAGCAACGCACGCUAAUAAACCAUUGCUAAACAUUCAACAACCAAGAAAGUGAAUGUUUCUUUUUUAUAACUAUUAUAUGGGGCCUCUCAUAAAUAAUGGGUUUUUUCUAGCUUGUUAGUAUUUUCAAAAGUGUCUCGUUUCAAAUUCAUUUUUCAUUUUAUAAUUUUUAUUCUCCAGUUAGAUAUCUGACUGGAAAUGAUGAAAAUUAUUUUUUAUUCAAGUUAUCAGUUUUGAGAGAUCAGAGUAUUUCUUGUGACUUAUUGAUGUAUUCAUAUAUUUUAUGAAGAGGUUAUAUAUAGAAAGUAGUUGAGUUAUAUAAAUAAGUAAGCACUUUUAUCUGGAUUUCUAAUAAAGUAUAUUUACUGAACA